AUGUAUCGUGCGCUGAUUGCUACCAUCGUCCUGAUUGCUGCCGUGGCCGCCGGCCCCCUGGAUCACCUGCACCAGCAGCACCCGGACGCUCAUGCCUCGAUCCUCAAGUACGAGAAUGUCCUGCAGGACGAUGGCCACUACCAUUGGAACUACGAGACGAGCAACGGAAUCGCUGCCCACGAGGAGGGCCUUGGUGGCCACACUGCCAACGGAGCGUUUUCGUACACCGGACCCGAUGGUGUGCUGUACCGUGUGACGUAUGUCGCUGACGAGGGCGGCUUCCGGCCGCAGGGCGAUCACCUACCGACGCCGCCACCUACUCCGGAGCACGUGUUCCAGACUCUGGAGCAGAUCCGCGCUAACCCGCCCAAGGACCAGAAGGACUUCAGCCUCGAGGCUCUCGAUGCCACGAUCGCCCGGCUGCGCCAACACUAA